CGCUAAAAGUCCACCACUGAGCUCACGAGGAGCAGCACGGUAUAAAAUCAAUUUUUAUUGAAAUUUUAAGCGACUGCGAACGAAAAUUCCGCUAAGGCUCAAUUAAAUGCCAAUGCGAACAGCAUUUUGCGAUCAAUUUCCGUGAUAAGUUCUGUAAGGGACCUUUCCAGGGGUGGCUAUAAGGACAAACCCUAGAUUUUCCGAGCGUGUGCGUUGAUUUUAAGCCGCAAAAGUGGAUACCGAAACAGUGAAAAUCGAGGAUUUGAUGGACUCUGAUCCUGAAAUCGAGUUCAUUGAAAAGGACAGCGGGAUGUCAUCGUUAGGCGGCAGCAAGGACGAAACGCCCGAGCGGCGCGCAGUGGCAGCCACUUCAAAUGAGCCACAAGGCGAAAAUUACGAUGAUGAACCCGAGGAGUCGGCGUCCGAGCGAAUCUGGGGCCUGACAGAGAUGUUCCCGGAACCACUGCGCAACGCGGUCGGAGCUGUGAGCAAAGCCACUGUGAACGGCGUCAAGGGAUUCUACACGUUCUCGUGCAACGCCAGCUGGAUAUUCUUCACCAGCUCGGUGAUCCUGUUCGCACCGGUCAUCUUCGAGACGGAGCGCGCCCAAAUGGAGGAGCUGCAAAAGUCGCAGCAGAAGCAGGUGCUCCUCGGACCCAGCAGCGCGAUGGGCCCUGGAGGAUCCUCGCCCAGCUUACCCUUGAUUCGUUAACCGAGAGACACCCUACACCCUACCACAUACGCAUAUUAGCUCUACGAAAACCGGCAGCGGAACUCCGGAAAUUGCCACACGUUAGCUUAAGUUUGUCGAUACCAAUCAAUCCCAGUCGAAAUCGAGAGGUUGAGGACGUCCCCCGAAUGGCCGAAGCUAUUGCGCCAGCAAUAGCACCCCAAAAGUAGUCACCCAUCAUCAAAUGCCACUCCAUAGCCCAGCAUUUACACAUCCACAUUCAAGGAACUCCCUUCCGGUCCAAGGAAACGUCGUCCUCUUCGAUCGAAGCGAACAGUUGCAAAACUUCAGAUAGGUGUUAGCAUUGUAGUGGCGUACAGUGUAUAAACAAAGCAACCACUACGGUUUAAACCAAUUAAUAAAACUACGUUUAUUAAUAGUUAAAA